AUGUCUGACGAAUCCGCCGUUAACGGCGUCGCCGCCACCGACGUCGACGUUGAAGUCGAAAUCGCCGCCAACGAUUCCGACGAAACUGCAAUUCAAACCAUCAACAAACUAACACAAAAGCUCCAGACUCUCGAACAACAAAAUCAACAACUCAUCACCCAAAACACCUCAUCCGCAACCAAAAUCAAACAACUCGAAGACGAGAUUCAAACUUCCGAAUCGGAUAAGCGAGCACUGAGUUCAAUCGCUGCACGAGCGGCUGAGUUAGAGACCGAGGUGUCCAGGCUGCAGCACGAUUUGAUUACUUCGAUGUCCGAAGGUCAGGAAUCGCUCACUGAGUUGAACGAGUUCAAGCGAAUCGUUGAGGACUUGAAGAAGAGCGAGUCCGAGAAAUCGGAGAAGAUUGAUGCGAUUGAGAAGGAGAGAAACUUGUUGUUGAAUCGGUUGAGUGAAUUUGAAGAGAAAUUGAAGGAAUCGGAGAGUCAGAUUCGUGAGUUUGAGAAGAAGAUUGAAGGAUUUGAGGUGAGAGAGAGUGAAUUGAAGAGAGAGAAAGUGAAACUUGAAGAAGAAGUUAAGGAGAAAGACGAGCAAAUACAGAAUCUGAAACAAAUGAUUGAGAAGAAUCGAGUUGAAACUGAGAAAUCGAACAAGGAAAAGGAGGAUGUGGAAGCUCUGGUGAAGGAAUUAGAGACUAAGGUUAACGAAUUGGAGAAUGAAUUAAAGAAGGAGAAAGAGGUGGAGAAGGCUAAUGGUUUUGUUGUGAAUGGUGAUGAGAAGGUGUCCAAAUCUAAGGUGGAAUGGCCGGUGGUUGCAGCCACGGCUGGAGCGGUUGCUUUGGUGGCGGUUGUCUAUUUUCGUCACGCCAAGUUUUGA